AGCAGGAGAGGAGGAUGAGAGGAAGAGUGGAGUGAGACACGCACAGAAGGGUUAUGGAGGAUUGUGUGCGGGUGCGGGUGAAUGCCUGAGUGCUCGGGACUUUUGGAUGGACUUCAUUAUUGCAGGGAGGAUAAAAGACGCGUGUUAAACGAGCCGGAGAAGAAUUGGAACGGAAAGUUGAAACUUUUGCUCGGCGCCACUGCUCAGGAGCCGGACCGGCUUUGUUUCCUCUCAGCGGAGUACAGACAAUACCUGCAGCUGCGUCGAAUCCCAGCCGUCACAUAUUCCUCAUAUAGGGGGACCCCUUUUCUCUUUUAGUGAGGGGGGGCAGAGUAUGGCGGCAAACAUGUACCGUGUAGGAGAUUACGUGUACUUUGAGAACUCAUCCAGCAAUCCAUACCUGAUCCGCAGAAUUGAAGAACUUAACAAGACGGCCAAUGGAAACGUAGAAGCCAAGGUGGUGUGUCUAUUCAGGAGGAGAGAUAUAUCUAGCAAUCUCAACACUUUGGCCGACAGCAAUGCCAGAGACUUUGAGGAGGAGUCCAAACAGCCAUCAAUUGGUGAGCAGCAGAAACACCAGCUUAAACACAGAGAGCUGUUCCUAUCCCGACAGUUUGAGUCUCUUCCUGCCACACACAUACGAGGGAAAUGCAACGUCACCCUGCUGAACGAGACUGAUGUUUUAACGGGUUACCUAGAGCGAGAGGACUGCUUUUUCUAUUCGUUGGUGUUUGACCCGGUUCAAAAGACGCUGCUGGCUGACCAGGGCGAGAUCAGAGUAGGCUCCAAGUACCAGGCUGAUAUCCCAGAUAAACUGGCUGAAGGGGAAUCAGACAGUCGAAUACAAGAGAAGCUGGAGACCAAUGUGUGGGAUCCAGAUAAUCAGCUGAAGGACUCACAGAUAGAUCAGUUUCUGGUGGUGGCCCGGGCUGUAGGAACAUUCGCCCGGGCACUAGACUGCAGCAGCUCCAUCCGCCAGCCCAGCUUACACAUGAGUGCAGCAGCUGCAUCUAGAGACAUUACACUGUUCCAUGCCAUGGACACACUGCAGAAGAAUGGUUAUGACUUGGCUAAGGCCAUGUCCACGUUGGUGCCGCAGGGCGGCCCUGUGCUUUGCCGUGACGAAAUGGAAGAAUGGAGCGCCUCAGAGGCCAUGCUGUUUGAAGAGGCUUUGGAGAAAUAUGGAAAAGACUUUAAUGACAUUCGUCAGGACUUUUUACCCUGGAAGUCGCUAGCCAGUGUCGUUCAAUUCUACUAUAUGUGGAAGACCACAGACCGUUAUAUCCAGCAGAAAAGACUAAAGGCAGCGGAAGCAGACAGUAAACUGAAACAGGUUUAUAUUCCCACCUACACCAAACCCAACCCUAACCAGAUCAUGGCUCCUGGUAACAAGCCUGGCAUGAAUGGUGCUGCAGGUCUUCAAAAAGGCCUGUGCUGUGAAAGCUGCCACACUGCUCAGUCCCUGCAGUGGUACGCCUGGGGGCCUCCUAACAUGCAGUGUCGACUCUGUGCCUCCUGCUGGAUUUACUGGAAGAAAUAUGGUGGGCUUAAGACCCCCACACAGCUAGAGGGGGCUACAAGAACUGGCCUGGAUGCAGCCCCACGAGGCCACAUGACUCGUCAGGAAGUGCAGGGAAUGUCGCCGUUUACCAACAGUGCGGGCAGAGCCAAGCUUCUAGCUAAGAACAGGCAGACUUUUAUUCUGCAGACCACCAAGCUGACCCGCAUUGCCCGCCGAGUGUGCCAGGACAUCCUCCAGUCUCGACGUGCUGCUCGGCGCCCGUAUGCAUCUAUUAACGCCAAUGCUGUCAAAGCAGAGUGUAUGAUCAGACUUCCAAAAGUAUCAAAGAGUGCUAUGAAGAACCGCAUAAUUCCCCGACCAUCUCUCGCCAACAUCGUAAAAGAACUUGCUGUUCAGGCUCCCCUGAAACUCAAAGCUCCCCGUGGUGCCCCAACCCCCAUCAAUCGUAACCAGGUCAACCAACCCCGCAGUGCCACUGCCCUGCUUGGCAAGAGGCCCUUCGAUAGUGGAGCAGGGCAUGCCUUCUCCACCAAUGGGAGACCGUUUAUGAGCGGCAUGAGGACAACUGCUCAGUCAGUCAUAAAGAGGCAGAGAGUCAGUCAAGCCGAUGCUCCCAACCCUGUAGUGUUUGUGGCUACUAAAGAAACCAGAGCUCUGAGGAAACACCUUUCUCAGGGAGAGAUGAGACGCGCAGCUAGGAAACCCAACAUUCCUGUCAGAGUCAAAAUUCCUCUGCCGCCACGGCCACUUCCUGUCCCUAUCCUGCCAUCAAGCACCAGUGAGCCAAUUGUGCUGGAGGACUAAACACCUUUCUUAAGCCAUGUCACCUCCCCUCGCACGUUACAGCCAACCAACUUUGCCCUUUUGUUUUACCUUCCUUUUCUUUUUCUUCCUUUUUCCAACCAAUCACCAAAAUCCCUCUCUCUCUCUCUCUCUCUCUCUCUCUCUCUCUCUCUCUCUCUCUCUCUCUCUCUCUCUCUCUUUAUCUCGCUCUCUCUCUAUCUCUCUCCCUCUCUCUCUAUUAGUUAUACUUAAUUUUGCCUGUUCAUAGUCUGUUGUUCUGCUGUCAUUUUUUAGCUUGACACAUUGAUCAUCAUAGGCCACUCAGCAGCACACAUUAGGUUCAGAUUAUGGACUUUAUAUUUUGUAUUGUUCAGUGUUUUCUCCCCCAUGUUCCUCUUUUUAAUGGAAAAUAUUUUAACUGUGUAAUUUGAUAUCAGAAAUGCUUCACAUGAAAUAAUGGUGAUAAAGCACACUGUUUUUUUUCCAGGUCAGUUCUCAUUUGUGUAAAUAAUAUUUUCAGGGGUGAUACCUUAAAUGCUGGAUGUGGAUUGUGGGGUUAAACAUGGGGGAGGGGUUGACGUGUGUCUCUUCCUAAUUUUCUUUGUUCAGGCAUUAUGUACUGCUCCUUCUAUUUUCUGUAAUCCAUUUUAAAAAUUGGAAGCCUAGAAGUUCUUUAUUUUGAGUGGUUCUCUUUACUCCAGCCUGACCAGUGGUGUCACCAAUAAUUCAGCUCCAUGGAUUGGUAGAGUGAAGUUUAGGACUUUUUUUAAUAUUUAUGAUCUCUUCGUUUUCAUUGUUCAACAAUGUGUGAUGGAGCGUUUGUGACGAAACAAAACAUUGAUUUGGAAAUUGAAUAUAAACCAACACAGCUCUGAUGUUUAGGGCAAUUGGAGGUUUUUUGUUUUUUAAAGAUCUCUGUGCAGACCUGGUGACAGACUUAAUAGAAUCUAUCACCAUUUCAAGUGUAGAUCAAGGUAAAAAGGUGUGAACUGGGCGAGCAGAAGUCAGAAAACAAAGUUUUAAAGUCUUCUUACCAGUUAAAAGGUUGGUCUCAGUUUGACCUCGGCAUCAUUUUUUUCAAUCUGUAGGUAUGUGUAAAAUAAAAAGCCUUACAAAUUUCAAAAUUACAAGUUCAUUUUUCUUGUGUCCAGGCUGAGAUAUUUGAUCAUGUGUUCCAGUGGUUAAAUGUCAGAAUGGAUGUGUGUGUAAACUAACGUAGUGAGUGUAGAUAAUCGAACAGUAGGAAUGAAGUGAGUGGGGAAUGAUGUGAGGAGGAUUUUAUAGUAAUGGCUUUAUUAGUUUGUAGACAUUUGAAUUUGUCAUUACCCUUUUUUGUAAUUUAAUUUCUGCUUCUCAUAAAUUAAAGGCUUUUUUAAAAUUUGUUCAGGGGGGGGGUUGUAAGGUAAAAUGUGCACUGCACUCUAAAAAUAAAAGUUUACCUGUCCACUGAGAAGCAAUGCCAGUUUUAUAUGUAGCUUAGCUGUCAAGGGCCGAUACAACACGGUUGUGUCCUGAACCACAAACAAGUGUUUCAGAAAAAGUGUGUGGUUAACGCAGGUGUGUGCAUUUAAAGGGAAGGAGGCUGUAGGGGUUAAGAAAGCUUCUAAUAUGUGAAGCGUUCCUUUUUUAUUUUUAUUUGUUUUUACUCCAAUGUAUGUGUAUCUUUUGAAGCAUCUUGACAAGUAAAAAUAAUAAAGGUUUGUUUUUCUUUGUGGUCAUACAA